AUGAAUUACCUUGUAGUUAAGAUGGAAGGUUAUAGCGGACAGGAUCAACUAUUUUGGAAAUGCGGUCGGCGUAAAUGCCUCACUGCAAGAUCUGGGCAUUUCGAGGCUAAGGUUACUUCGGUUGACCGCUUCUUAAUAUUUUCCCAUGAGGCUUUCAAACCGAGUACGGAUGAAAUGUUGUACGGAGAUUUGAUAAUUACGGCAAUAAUCGAAACUCGUAUUCUGACUUGUCUUGGAGGUGAUUUUGGGAUUUACACGUUCAGCAAAAUAAGAUCCCAAACUUCCCUCUGUCUGUACGAUUUGACUACAUUCAGAUUCAUGCAGAAUCUUGCAGGUAUAGUAUUCUAG